AUGAGAGGGCGAAGCGAUUCGACAGGUGUGAGUUUGUUUCCUGGGCACUGGGAUGUUUUAUAUUGAAUUCUUAGCUCAAGAAGUUUCUUGAUAAACAAAGAAGACAAAAUCAGUUAGAAAUGAAAUUUUUCGGUUUUUGCGAACAUCAAUUUAUAUUCUGAUUGAUGAGCAGUGCUGAAAAACUGGCUGAAAGACUGAUUUGGAUUAGGAAUUGGAAAUCUGAAUACAACUUUAGGGACACAAGUAACUUUGCUACUAAAGUUCAGAUGAAAAUUGUAAGAUUAUUCAUUUUUAGACUCUAACUAUCAUAAUAAUCAGAAAAACAAUUUUUUUCAUAUUUUUUUGACUGAAAUCUUCUUCUUGUUUAAAAAAAUAAUUGGGCCACCCAAAUGGUUUCUCUACAAAUUGAUCCACGUUAUAUUAUUCAAAUAAGAAUUCAAAUAUAACAACGUAUUUCAGACAAAAAUGUCAAACAUUUGCAAAUCGGCAAGCAAUUUGGAGAAUAAUGACAAGGAUAUUGUGCCCAAGAUUAAGGAUGAUAAGAAGAACGACAAGAAAGACGAAGUAAGUUGAAUUGAACAAAAAUUGGGAUAAUUAUCUAUGGUAUAUAACAAAAGUCCUUCCGCUCGACCUAGUUAUGUGCCCAAGAUUCAAUUUAUUUUUCAAUUUAUCUUGAAAAUUUUUUUGCUAAUUUCUUAAUUCCAAAACAGAUUUAACUGACCCACUCAUUUUUGCAACUAUAUUUGAAAUGUAGGAAAGAAUUGCACUGGUUCUGACCAAAAUUUCGACCAAAUCUCGACCAAUUUUCAAAUUUUGGGCCAAAUUUGAUACUUGAAUAUAGGAAUGUAUCUAGAAUUCGACUUAGAAAAACAGAAUAGAACGAAAACAUUGUUUUUUGGUCAAAAAUUUUUGAAUUUGCAGAAUUGCGAUGAAGACAAUGAGAGUUAUGCAGAUGAGGAUAAUGAUGAUCCAACAUUCAUGGGGGAAUCGUAUUAUGAUUCAUUGAUGCCAUCAACAUAUUCUCGCACUGUAAGUUCACCAAUCGAAUUCUCUUAGCGCAACGAGAUCCAAUUGAAUUUAUACCCACUUCUGUCUAUCUUCGGAGAUUCGCUUUUUCUGGUUCCCCUCCAGAUUUUUCUACUGCUAGAAGGGCCCGAUAUUUUGAGCAAGCACAAUUUCGUCGUCUUACCGCUCCCAUACAUAAAAAUGGGUCCCCAGCAGGCCUGUGCCAGAAAUUUUCCGAAUUUCCGGAUUUUCCGGUUUUUUCCAGCAAAAAUCAAUUUUCCGGUUUUCCGAAAAAUGUGCUCGGAAAAUCCGGAAAAUGAUUUUUAAUAGUAAAAUCUUUAAUAUUGCCUAAAUUUUGAGAAAUUUGUCCAGGUGAUAAAAUUUUUGAAUUUUUUUUUUUCAAUUUUUCAGAAUUUUGCGAUUUUUUGAACAUAAAGCGUCCCAAAUAGUUAAUAAAUUACCAGUGAACAGGAGGAUUGUAGAUAAAAAUAAGUUUUUAAAGUUAACUUACAAUUGUUAGGGCUGAAAUUCGAAAUUUCAGAACUUGAAAAAUUUUCCGGUUCAAAAAAUGCGGAAAUUUUCCGGCUUUCCGUUUUCCGGGUUUCAAUUUUCCGGCACCAGUCUGGUCCCCAGAAUCUGGGUGAGAGGCUUAACUUUUUUCAAACAUCUGAAGGAAUUGGUGCCUAACUUGGCCAAUGUUCUGCUAAUGAUUUACUGAAAAAACUGGCUCAGGGGACCUAUUUUAUGUGUGAUCAACAAAACAAAUUUUACAAGUUCUUUAAGAAGAAACACUAAAAACAAAAACAUUUUCAGCAAUAUUCCAAUCAAAUUCCAAAUAAUAAAUCAAACCGCACUCUAACUGGUAUUGAAAGUGUUCAAGAAAUGACGGUGAGAAUGGUAAGUUCAAGAUCAAACAUUUUACAAAUUCAGAAAACCAUCUUCAGAUCUAGUCUGAAUUAAUUUUUUUAAUUCCCAAAGAAUAAUUCAGAAAAAACUUUUCUUCAAAACAAAAAAAUUGUUGAGGUUCUAGUAAAUUUUGUAUAUUACAGAAUGACACUUCGGUAAUGAGUUCUUGGUACGGAAUGGAAUCAGCAAUUUCACCAAUUUCACCAAUUGAUGUAUCAACGGCAAAAGUAAGGCUAAAUGAUAAGACCAACCCAAAAAAUUGGGAUAAUUAUUUGAAUUUGAAAUUUGAAAAUUUGCAGGAAAUAAAAGAAGACAAUGACAAAAAGGAUGAAAAAAAGGAGGACAAGAAGGGCGACAAGAAGGAGUAG